UAAGGGCACACUUAACUAAUGGGAUCCUAUCGAUGUUUCACCCCCUCCAAUCCUGAUCUUUACACGGCGGAAUGUUAAUGUUGCCACAGCCUGUCCGUGUUGUCUUUGGCCGCUCUGAGUCUGGCUUUAUUGUUGUAGUCGGUCUAUAAUGUCAUGGAGCUUGACGGAUAUGAUUAAAAAACCGCAGUAAAGCAACCCUCCUGUGACUGACUGGACUAUGGAAGUGAUCGGGUUUACUCUGCACAUGUGUGAGGAGAAGUGUGUGUCCCAUGUUGCAUUAGUGUCUGUGUGAAAUGCUGGCCUGUCUGCCAGGGCCAGGUGACCUCCCCCUUCAGCUUCUCCCCCACACGCAGAUGAACACUGGACAUCAGAAAUGGGACACCACACAAAGGAUGAGAUCCGCUCCGUUUCCAACCCCUGCAGAAUUGGAUGCAUAUGCUAAGAAGGUUGCCAACAACCCCCUCACCAUCAAGAUCUUCCCCAACAGCGUCAAGGUGCCGCAGCGAAACCACGUGCGCCGCACAGUCAACGGGCUGGAUACGUCAGGCCAGCGCUACAGCCCUUACCCUUCCUCUCAGGCCAGUGCCAAGACAGGCCUCCUCGCCAUCAUCAAGGUGCCCACAGUCAAAGGCAUCCUGAAAGAUUUUGACGGAAGCCGGGCUCGCUUGCACCCUGAAGUCAUCAUGAACCCCCACGCCGGACCCUACCAAGUGGCUUCGACCAGCACUUUAAACCACCACCCACCUCUGCCGAACCUUACCCGGCUCCAGCAGAGCUUACCCCUCCAACCACAGGACCCACCUCAGACUCUACAGAUGCCCCUCCCUCAGCAGCAGGGUCACACCCAGAGCCUCAGACACCCUCCCCCCAUGGCCCAGCCCCCUCAGGGCCCACACAGACUUCAGACUCUGUCUCAGCAUCCAGCCCUUGGUCACCCACAGGGGCCAACUACCGUCAUGCUUCAGCAGCAGCACCUUCAGCAGCAGCCACCACCUGGCCUGCACGGGAGCAGAAAGCUGCCAGAUGGCGACGCACCGCCUAAUGUUACCGUCUCUACCUCAACCAUUCCACUCUCCAUGGCUGCCGGGCUGCACCAGGGCCGCCAGGCUGACCUGAGCUCCAUUGUGCAUCAGAUCAACCAGUUCUGCCAAGCUCGGGCCCAAGGUGCGGGAGCCACCUCCAUGUGUGAGGGCCAGAUCGCCAACCCCAGCCCCAUCAGUCGCAACCUGCUUAUCAGCGCCUGCUCCAGGGUGUCCAUGCACAGCAACCCUGCCACCCCUGGCUUUCCCCCACCCAACUGCAUUAUUGGCUCUCAAGAGAAAGCCCCCGCCCCGUUGGGAGCUCACCCCCCACACAGCGUGGCAAUUAUGAACCACUUGCCUUCCAACCACACUGAUCUCAAGCAGCAGCACCACCACAUGCUGCACCAACAACAGAAUCAGCAGCAACAACAGCUUCAACAUAACGCGCAGCAGCAGAAGAUGCGCUCCUGGAAUCAGCACCAGUUGGCUCACGUACCCCACAUUCAGAACGGUGGGAGCCACCUCUGCAAGCAGCCUUCCAGGGACCCCGCCUUCCAUUUUAACGGCAUGGGCUACCCUGCAGAGGUGUGUGUGGGUCAGCCUUACACACUGAAACCUCCCGUAGAGAGGCCCACCCCCUCUCCCCCUGUCAACAACGGCAUGCCCGGCCCCAUGGCCCACUACACUAAUGGUCACUACUUCCAGUCCCACAUUUGGAACAGCAGCAUCCUACCCACACCCAACAGUGACAGCUCCGGGUCUCAGGACAUAGCCAUGCCAUUCCACGGUGCGGGCCCAGGGGGGUGCACCACACUAGACUGUGGGCCCCCUGGGGCUCCCCAUUUCAGGCUAGGAACGAGCUCCUCCACCUCCUCCGCCCAGUCUAAUCUGAUGCAAACAGCAGAUUACUUGGGUGGGGACUUCCAGACGCCCUACUUCCGCGAUCAGAAUCUAGGGUUGAUGGGCAAGAUGCACAGGCCUCCUGUGAGCAGGGUAGGUCCAGAGGCUGGGGAUGGCAGAACCGCUCUCAUCCAGCACCCAGGGUACAGAUAAGCUAUGGCCUUGUCUACACAACAGUUAUCAAAACCCCUUUGUUUAGUCUUAAGGAAGGAAACCCAUGAAUAAAACGUAAUUGAUAACUUAAACAAAUGACCGCUAAUGUUAAAGAGGGUAAAUUAAUAUAUUUAAUGGAGAACAGUAGGGUUUUAUUUUUUUUUGGGUUCUUUUUGUUGAAAAUAAAUCUUGCAAGUGAUCAAUUGCUACUUAUGUUUUUGUUAAUGAGUGCUUUUACCUGGCACUUUAGGGAACUUUUUUUUUUAUGUGCGUGUAUACACAUCUGUACUGUGUCAUUCCCUCCUUCCUCUACUGUAUCUGUGUGCCUGGAUCUGAACAGAUCCUGUGUUAUUUCUACUUCAGACCUAUCAGUAGCAGUUUCUUAUGCAUGUAAGAAAGAAGAAGAACAGAUAGAUCCCUCACUGAAAAAAACGUCAACAUCUACUUAUGGAUGUUUUUCUUACAGGGUCAUGUCAGGAACUCGGACUCAGACUAGUUUUAAUUAGACAAGUGACUCAUUUUAAAUUAAUUUUGGUGUUGUUGCUCCAAUCUCAUAGUAACUUCAAGAUUAAACACAAUCAUUUGAGGACAGAAGAAAGUAAUGCUCUUUGUUUUAGUGCAAAGCCACCAGACACUGGAGACGACAAAGUACAGUCAGAAAAGCUUUCUGUAUGCACAUGUACGGAUAGGUAGGUUUUAUUCUUUUCUUUUUUUACAUGUAAUUAUUUAUUUGUAUAAUAGGAUUGUUCAAGGUUGAUUCCUCUCUGUCAGUUUAGGAAGCAUGUAAUCAGGUUGUUUGUACAUAGUCAAGAUCCAGCACGGAGCAAAUGUGUUGAAAAGGUGAUGCUCUGUCCUGCUGAAAAUGCUGCAAUGAAUUCAGGUGUUUAAAAAAAAAAACAACAAAAAACUUUUUGUCAAUGCCAGGAAGGUUUGGCAACAAGAUCGUGAAAAGUUUAGUGCAGAAAAAAAAAGUCAUGAAAGAUUAACUCUGAUACCUUUUUAAAAUGGCCAAAGUCAUGUAAACAAGGACACACUGUUAUGAAAAUGUGCCAUUUUGUGUUUGUUUCCUUUUCAGAUCGUUUUUUUGUUAUCAUGACAAACGUAUUACUUGAAUGUUAAGAUUAUUUGGUGUUUUUUUUUGCAGUUAUUGAAGGCGGUAGGUUAGUUACCAGGACAAAACUCUGGAUUAGAAGACAUGAUAGUGUUAAAAAAGGUCCUGUAGCAUCCAACUACGAGCCUCACCAGAGUUUUGAUCCUGACGGCAGGAACUUAAGUGAAUUAAGUUAUGUGUAGUUGCUACUGAUUCUGAUGUGAAGUCGGUUUGAAAAGACCAAAUUGAUCACUUGCAAGAUCACUUGGAGGUAAACAAAACGUACUUUCGAGUUUUAAAGUGAAACAGCAAAUGCAUUGUUUAUUUUAUUGUACACUGGCUUACCUACUAGACUACUGUAACUUUAAAGUUUAACGAUUGUGUGUGAAUGCUGCCUGCUGAUCUGAUGUGGGUAGAGUUAAGGGUGUGUGUGUGUGUGUGUGUGUGUGUGUGUGUGUGUGUGUGUGUGUGUGUGUGUGUGUGUGUGUGUGUGUGUGUGUGUGUGUGUGUGUGUGUGUGUGUGUGUGUGUGUGUGUGUGUGUGUGUGUGUGUGAGACGCCCAUGUUUUGUUCACUUAACUCCCUAACAGCCCUUAAAAAGCCUUAAGUGUUUGGUCCUUGGACUUCCCUUGAAAAUGAGCAUGGUUUUAAUGAAAACCCCAAAUAAUAAGGAGAAAGAAGAUGGUAAGGAUACACAGAAACAGCAAUUUUUGGUUUCUUUUUUUUUUCUUCUCUUUUUGUUUUAUUGAAUAGACAGAGCAAUUCCUUAGAUAUUCUUUAUAAUAGAAAGCAAGAAAAAGGAGUAAUAUUUUGUAAUUAUAUAUUUUAGCAAUGUGUAGAUACUGAGUUGUAACAUUUUUUUUUCCAAGUUUCGAAGCUUCAGUUUGCAGUUGUGACUAUUUAAAAUACUUGAUUUGCUUGUUAUUUAAAAUUUCUUUCCUUCUUUGUUUCUUGUACUAUUGCUGUGAAAUGGAAGAAGGUCCACAAGCCUUUCUUUUGUGUCAUUCUGUACGACAGAUAAGAGGCAAGAGAGUGAGAGUUGUGCUACUCUUUUUGUAAUAUUGUAAUAAUAAAAUAAAGUUCUAAUUUAUGCUUUGAAA